CUCUUGCGCGUUUACAGUUUUCAUGUUGUGUACAUGAAAAAUGUACUUCGGAAGACGACUUGUCUCUUCACGAGUUUCAGUCGGGAUCAUCGUUUUCCCCCAAUCUUACGCAUCCUAAGCUUGACCGAUGUUCUAUGCCCCACAGUUUCCACCGUGGCUCUUUGUGCGGCGCUCUGCCUGCUGGUAGCGGUGCAGGCCGACGCUGUGCCGGUCAGACACAAGCGGGACAGAACACCCUGCAGGCAGAUGGAGAUCAACAGUCAGCUGGCCAUCAGAUUUCGGGGGUGUGUCACUCGUCUUCGCGACUCCAUUCCGGUGGACCCAGAUGACCAGGACCUCCCCACGCUGUUUCCCAGCCUCUCACAGACCUUCAACCAGCGAGACAAUCUAACGGACGAGGGCAGGUUGGUGUGGGUAGAGAACCAGCUGAUGAUGUUCCGUGAGCUGCUGGUCUCGUCCCGGGCAGAGGGUGGCUGGGACCCCGAGCUGAUGAGGAAACUACAGAGGGUCAUUGACUACACCAGGAAGAUCAUCCUUGCUGUGAGAGUAGCGGCCACCAUGCUGGGUAUCACACUAGAACACAGUAACAGCACCCCGCCCAGCCCCAUCCCUACCGCCGACCCCGGGAUGGACACUGACGUCAGGCAUUACCUGCUCAUCCGGGACUUCGAGCGCGUGGUGACGGACGUGCAUCACCAGUUCAACAGGCUGGUCCGCUCCACAUGCGACAUCCCGUAAUGUGCGAGGA